AUGAACUCAGAAAGAAUCUCCUACAUGACCUGUAGAGAUAAUUUGGAAUAGGACAAAUUCUACUCAGUGUUUGAUGAUUAAUUACCAAAUAGGGAAUGUCGACCAACUAUUUAUGUUCGCCCUCAAUAGAAGAAUAGGAACACGUUAUAAUUGAGGAGUAUCCAGGAAUCUAGCACAGAGCCUUUGCUCUCUAAUGGAAUAUAAGGAACUUAAUUAUCUGAAUUAGUGCCGAGAAAAAGAUAGGUUGUUCCAAUCGGACAAGCCAAGAGGAAUCGAAUCGAAACUUUGUUAUUGAGAUCGAGGCCAUAAAGUAAGGGAUUUCAGUAAGAAUGUUCUUUGGAUACUUCUGCUGCAUUGAUCAAGCUGAUGAACAAGAAUAGAUGGGUUAGAUAUCUGAUGAAUCUAUACAUUUGGUUGAAUAUUGCGUUAAGAAUAGGGUAUGUGGCUAUAGUUGUAUUUUAUGUGAUCUAAAAUGAUUACAAUGAAGUUUAGGAUGAAAAUAGUGAAGAGAUUAUGACUCAAUUUUAUUGGUGGAUUCCUGGCUCUUUUAUUGGCAUUAGAGUAAUAUUUAUAUUGAUAAUCUACAAAUUACUUUCAGUAGGUGAGUAGACAAGAGAUGGAAGGAUUAAAGUUGUUUAUGAUACUUAUGAAGCUUGGUUUAAUAAGACCAUUAACGAGAGGGAUCAAUUAUUGAUGAAAUGCAAUUCUAUGGUAAUCAGGAAUGGACAAGAUGAAUUGGAAUUAAGGUAACUCUAACAGUAAGUGAAUUCUUUAAAUCGAUGGCUUUUGAUACUUAAGACCUAUAUAGUUUUAAUUCCACCUGAGUGUCAAUUCAUAUUUUUAAAAUAAAAAAGCAAUGGAUUUUUUUAGGUGCAAAAUUUUAUAAUGAAAUCAUUAGAAAUCCUGUUUUUUACGCCCUAAUUGAUGUAUUUCUUAUUGAUAGAAGAACCAUUGGAUUUGGAACUGGAUCGUUGGUCAGCUUAUGAUGUCAAUAACAUCUGUCUAUUAGUACUUUUGGCUGAUAUCAUCUGCUUUGUCUUUAUGACUCUUUUGUUGAUUUGUUUGGGAAACAAUAGGAAAUAUGUUAACAAUUUAAGAACAAAUUGA